ACCGAGGGCUGACUAUCUGUGAAAAGAACUCUGACUUUACUUUGAUAACAACGCAACGACUGAUUCUCAUCAUUUGUUCUGAUUUUGAUCGAGUGCCCCAGCUUGAUUCGGAGUGGCGGCGCAUGGACAGUCCGUCACAAGGCUGAAAACGCCACGAUGCGUGAUGUCUACACAGCCCCGCGUCAGCCCUGGACGUCAACAGAGGGUCGUCUGCCUAAACCACAUCACCGUUGCACGAAGAUCACCUCCAGUACUUUAAGAGUACUUAGAGCAGCGAAACUUCAAUAUUGCAUGCGAUGAGCGAACGAGAAGCGACAUGUCAGAGUCAUCUGAGUGCUGACCCAAUCGUCAAAGAGUCGUUUGAGGCACGUCUUGAGCGACCGACAGAGCCCGAAAUCUACAAGCACCAGCGUCUGGAUACUUCCACGGAUGAGAUACGCCUCCUGAAACUUGUCCAAGAGACAAACGGUCCUGUACGCUGCGAAGUCAAAGUCUUUCCGUUCGAACGCGCCCCGAAAUACUUUGCGCUAUCCUAUCGAUGGGGCCCGUCUUCGCCCUUAUGCGAUCUCUAUAUUGAGGGCAAAAAGCUCAAAAUACGGGAUAUACUUUAUUCAUGCUUACUGGAGUUACGAGAAGAUUUGGAGGAAUGGCUAUGGAUCGAUCAGAUUUGCGUUGCUCAGGCAGAUACCUUGGAGCGAAAUCAUCAGGUCGGAAUGAUGUCACACAUUUAUCGCAACAGCAUUUCUGUUAUCAUCUGGAUGGGCGACAUUCCCUUGGCAGCGCCCGAGGAACAUGAUCGUUAUAAUGAUUUGGACCUCGAUGUUGUAUCGGCAAGGGUGUUGCUGAAGAACACAUAUUUCACAAGGUUGUGGAUAGUACAAGAAAUAUUGCUUGCCGACAAUGUCGAGAUUCGUAUCAACGGGCACCGUUAUGUCACGUGGGACAGGUUCCAAAGCUUACGUAUAACACAAACAGAACUCCAUGAUGUAUCUUUCAGAAACAUACCUCUGUUUCUCCUGGCAUUUACACAACGCGAGCAGAAAGCAGUGGAUUUACGGCGACAAAUGUCGCUGAUGCAUUACGUCUGGUGCUUUUACGAAGGGAAAUGCGAGAACCCACGAGACAAAGUGUAUGGCCUGAUGGGUAUGGUACGCAAAGAAGACGGGGUAGUGGUAGACUAUAGAAAGAGCGUUAUGGAAGUGUAUCUGGACUUUGUUGGAAUCAGCAUCAAUAAAGGAUUUGCAAGGGUCUUCAGUACGCAGCGGGAACGGUUCGAAGGCCCUGCGAUACAUUACUUUGAGUUGGGAAGAUUGAUGGGCAUCGGAUCUGAUGUAUUACGCGGUGUUCUGCGACUGAUGAUGAACCGUUUCACUGUUCACAGGAAUGACAUAGUAACAGCUAUUGGAUUAGAAAAAGCAGGCCAAACGCAUGAGCAGCAUAAUUGGUGGUACGAGUGUAAUGGUGAGAGGCAUCUCUUUUCUUGCCGGCCUCUAUCUGAUUCGGAAAUUUCAACCUUCUUGUAAUGGAAUCGAUGAAGGGAGAUGUCGAGCAAGCAAGGGGUAGAGGAGAUCCAUCGUUAACUGUGCUUGAGUCUUAUGCAUGAUCCAAAUUAUAUUGACUCUAUAAUCAUGACGUUAACAUGGUUUCUCAGCAUGAACAGUCACCGAGGCGUUUAUCGUGAUGUUCGAAAAUGCUAUGUGCGUUAAAGAAUAGUAUUAAUAGAGAUACUAGAUGCGCAGUAGUUACAAAAGGAAAGGUAUACUGUCCUAGGUAGACGGUAGACGGUAG